AGGGAUAGAAGACGAAGAAGAAAGACAACACCACCCACAACAGCAACGUACUGUAUUUAGUCAGCUAUACUGAUAACUACAGUCGAUUUCUUGUGUGUUACUGAUGAGUUUGACAAGUUUAUAUAUCAGUUUUUUUAUUUGUCGUAGUUUAACGCGUUGACGAUUUUAUUAUGACUUUUGUUCAGCCACCGCGUGUAUAUAAACACCUGCCGGUCUGGAUCGUGGAGGACCACCACGAUGUGGUAUGCCAUAUAUAUCGUGCCAUUGCAUCAAGACACCUCCCCAUGAAGAACAUUAAGCUUGUGCAUUUGGACUCCCAUCCAGAUCUGCUUAUUCCGGUCAACCUGUGUGCCGACGUGGUUUUUGAAAAGGAGAAGUUGUUUAGUGAGCUGAGUAUAGAAAACUGGAUCAUGCCCAUGGUUUAUGCUGGCCACAUAUCUUGCGUGGCUUGGUUGCAUCCCUACUGGUCGCAGCAAAUCGCGGAGGGGGAACACAAAAUGACUGUCGGGAAAGACUCCUCCACGACCACCAUCAGGGUGACAAGUAAGGAUCAUUACUUCCUCAGCGAUGGCCUGUAUGUUCCGGAGGAGCAGCUUGAAAACCCAAAACAGCUCAUAUUAAAUGUGGUCAAAGUCAAUUAUCAGCAGUCCUUUCCGGACACGAAAACAGAAGAGGACUCAGAUCCCCAGCUGGCCAAGAAACCCAGACGAGAGGCCCCUUCCUCUCAAGCCCUUUCAUCGACGGGUAUUCUUCCACCUGCUGUUGUCAGUAAAGACGCUGGACAAGAAGAAGAGAAAAGUACUUUUAAAGGAGAUCAAAGUGGUGAAGAUGAAGAAGGAUCUACAAGUUACGUUGUGAAGAGAAUCUCCACUUUUCUGGGUCGCACAGAUCCCUACAUCCUGGAUAUUGAUUUGGAUUUCUUUUCCUGUAAGAAUCCCUUCAAGGAGUUAUAUACCGAGGAGGAAUUUGCCAUCCUUCAGGAACUUUACAACUUCAAAGGACCUCUUCCUGAUGCUAACCAGGAGGAGCUUGACGAGUGCGUCGAUCGUCGCAUACGGCAAUUAGAAGACUUAGAAGCGGCAUUCGCCGAUCUACUCGAAGACGAUCGGGAGGAAAUUGUUUCACAAUGGGUCAGCAAACUAGGAAAGUCGUGUUUUCUGCGCCUGGUAUCCAGUUUGAAGUCGAGAAAUCCUCACCCAGAUUAUGAAAUGGUACAUCAGGCAGGUUUAACAUGCGACUCCAUCGAAUUGCCUCAUCAUAUUAGCUCCGAUGAAGAGAUUGACAGACUCAUCUCUGCUGUGCAAAGCCUACUGAAGCACCUGCCCAAACCUACUCUGGUGACAAUGUCCAGAUCCAGUCUAGAUGAAUACUGCCCUACAGAACAAGUGGCUUCCAUCCAAAGCAAAGUAUUGACUGUACUAGAAGAACAAUAUGGACCAUUGGACAUAGAAAAGGACUAUGAAAAUACCAACAGCACAGAGGUUCAUGACCAACUAGCUCAGACCACCUCAGAACAUUAAAAAUUGGAAACUUCACUGAACACUAGAAGUCUUUUUUUCAGAGACCUCAUGCUAUAUUGAUGUUUUAGAAUAUAGUAUUAUAUACAGAUUAUAAUUUCAAUAUCACAGUGACAACAGUGUUACAUUCAUUAGUAGAUGUAAAAACAAUAAAAAUAAAAUAAAAAAAGAUUUCACAGUA